UCGGGGUCCGCCUGGCGAUUUUUAUUUUAUCCCCGGGUUUGCUGCAGCAGCUCUUGGUUGGAAAAAGGAAAGAAAGAAAUCUGCCUUCUCUAUGGGCCCCGCAGGGUUCGGGGGGCGCAACGGAAGCACCCGAGAGCAAAAUGCAGGGGCGGGUGUGAAUGGGGUGAACCUUGUAGGCACAGGAGAUCCGCGGGGAGACCUUGGGCAAACGAAACCCAAAUGAAAAACACAGCACGCAGAGGCCGUUGUGAGUGCACGGCGGCGGCGGCAGGCGGUGGAAGCAACACCAAAGAUCAUAUUUGAAAUAUGGAUCCUGGGGGCGCAUAUCUCCAGGCGGGCGGGAGCACUGCGACCGAGCAUGGGACGGGGGCUGGGUGGGGUUCUUCCGGAGAACUUGAGAAGCUGCCCUGACGCUGGGAAGGGGUGGACCAGCCGACGUCGUAGAAAACGACGCGUCCCGCUUCGGGGCCCACGACCCCCGCGUGCCGCAGGCGCGACCCUGCGGCGGCCAAUGUGGCCCCAAGGCUUGCCCCAAGGGGCCACGACCUCGCGGCGCUCCGGACCCGUUCCCCGCCCCGCGCGCCCCGCGCGCCCGACCGGGCCCUCCCACCUGGAGCCCCAGCUCCAGCCCCCAGCUGCUCUCUGAGGUGGGACGCGGGGGCGUUAGGGGCUUCACCACCCAAAUGAAAGCCGACCCUUCGCGGGCAGUGCGACUAAGAACAGAAACUUGGGGGUGGGGACGCAGAGGGCGGAGUGGAGCCCUUAGGGACAAAGCCAUCCCUCCUAGAAGGUGCAUGGGGCAGCGUUCCGGACUCCCACACAGCCUCCCCACUCUACUCACCGCCCACCCCCCCGCACAGUCCCACAAGGUCAGCUGCCCCAAAGCCAGCGCUAAAAUGCAAAGUUACAUACGCCAGAGCUAAAGUCAAAGACAAGUUCCCCUACUAAGAACAGAGGAGAGAAAUGAGCUCUUGUCAAAGCCUGGGCAGAUUUUGUAGUCGUUGCUAGUAAAUUCUCCCUCAGCUACUUAAAAUCCACCUCUGGGGACCUAAAAAGUCACACUAACUAGAGAGCUUUCUCAGCCGGGGACUGGCUGGGGAAGUCACAGGCGGCCCCUUCCGGGCAGAGCCCAGACCUGGGCUCCGUGGGCGGGUGAUGGCAUCUCCUGGCAGAGAUCGUCCAUUCAGAGAGCGAGUUUCUUUAAGAAGCCGUUUGUUUCCCCGGGUUGGCACGGGUCAGGCCCCUUGGGGCCCUAAACUGUCAGUGACCAUCCUCGGGUGUAGGGCCGUUAAAAAUUUCCCGGCUUCUCCAGGGUCCACUCUUUCGGCCCUCGAUACUCAGGGCGGGAGCCUGCGGCUCGUCAAGAUAGCAUCGCUCCUCUCUUGGGGCCCUUGAGGGCCCCUAGGGGCCCCAGCCUGAGGUGGCACCCAGGAGAAUUCUGCCCCUCGGCGGAACCGAGGGGCGCGAUCUGCCCCCGGCUGGAAGGGGGCAGAGUCAAAAGCGCAGACCGGCGGCACUUCUCCGGGGUUCCCCGUGAGGCUUGGGGUAUCCCGGGUCGGAGGCAGGGGCCCCGCUGAAGGCUCUGGGAAUCCCGAAUUUAGAGCUCCACUCGCCUGCGACUCCUCGAAGGGGCCAAGACAGGGGGUGGGACGGUAGGGGAGGCCCCACGGGAGAUUUCCCAGGAGGGGCUCGCGGGGCGCAUCGGGGGAGCUUCCAGGGCGCUCAUCGUUCCGCACCCCUCAGAUUCUGUCUCUGCCUCCUCCUUGCAUCCAUUCGCAGUCCCGCGGACCUGAGCUCCUCCCCGCACCCGCUGGCAGGUGAGGGGUGGUCUAGGGUCAGGCUUCGAGGUGGGGCGAGGGCUCUGGGAGUCGGCCUCUCUCCACAUCGGCCCACCCACCACCAGGACAAAGUAAAUAACCACGCGAGUUCCCGCGUUCGGCGGAUGCUUGUGUAUUUUGGUCACUUUUCACAGAAAGGAUGGGAGCGGGGGCGGCCGGGGACUCCCGGGGCUUCUUUGGAGCUUCUGGGCGUCCCCUCCCGAAGUCUUGGGGAGCCUGCGGCUGCUCGCACAGCCAUACCGGCAGCUCCAGAAAAGAUCCGCCGUUUUGGCCGGCGGGAGCCACCCUUCCUCCCCAGCUCAGCAGCAGGCCGCCCGGCUCCUGCGCAAACCCGCCGUCGGGGCACCGGGUUCUACAGCGUGGCCCCCGAGAUCCGGAGUGCGGGCCCCGGAGGGGCGCGGGCGGAGCGAGCCGAACAGCGGCCUGCGGAGUCCGACGCCCCUGGCGGCGCGGAGGCUGCAGCGGCCGCUCGCCCUCCCUCGGCACCCCCCUGCCCGAGAAGCCUCGGAAACACCCCUCGGAAAAAGAUUUUCCAGGGGAUUUUCUAGCGAGGGGGCGGGCGGAGUGUCGGGAAGCUAAGACCCUCCCCGGACGAAGGGACUGUCCAGGACAAGGUCGCUGCAGACCUCCAGACAGACCGACAGCGCCGACGGCCUGGCAGUGGUAGGCUCAGUUUGGAAGUGUGACUGUCGCGCUGACAGCGCUUACCCCGCCAAUCUCGGGGAGCCUUCCCCUUCUACGGUCAAGUUGUCUCACACGAGAGCUCCUCUCCCGGGACACGAGCGUCAGGAAAAAGCCCAAAACACAGCAGGGGGAGGAAAACCUUUUCCUGUGUCCCCCUCCCAAAGAAUUCGCCUCCCUCAGCUUCUAUAAACCCAGAGAGCCCCCCUACCCCAGGACUACAAGCAGGCGUCGCCCCCACCCAGGCCGGCGCGUCCCCCCAACACCUUCUCAGGGUAAUCUUGGGUUUGCGCCUCAAGCUUGUCAGAGGGUAGUCGCUGCAGACCGAGCCCCUCUCUGCCCCUCUCUGGGGCAGCCAGAAAACGAUCCCCACCCCCAGGACCCCUCCGGGGAGGAGCCACGCGGGCCGUCUUGAGCCGCUGCCGCCAGGGCAGCAGAAGCCGCCGAGCCGCGGGAGCUGCGAGGUGGUGGUGAAAUGGUGGAGUCAACGUGUUCGUCCUUAAACACCAGACCGUCUCCAGGCUUCUCCCGGAUUCCCGGGAGAAAAUGAGCCCAACGCAUGCUUUGGGGGUUCGCUUCCCCACCUCGCCCCUCCCCCGCUUUCUCGAGCCCCCGCGCAGUCCCCACCCAGCAUUCCGGGACGUGUGUCAGGGCGGGAGCGGAGACCCGGAUGGCUCUUUGCCCACCCCCACCCCCACCCCCCCGGCUCGUUCCACUCUCGCUCGGCUUUUGCUCCUUUUCUUUCUUCCAUGGACCCUCAGCCAAGGGAUUGCGCAAGCUUCCUGCUCCCGGUCCUUCAAGGGCCCGGAGCUGGGGGCCCGGACACACCCCCGGGCAGGCGCGCCCCUGCCCCUGCCACUUGGGCCGCCCUGCCCCCUCCUCAGGUCCCCUCCCUCCUCACUCCGACCCCACAGAGAUCGCAGCCCCGCGGGCGGCGCCCUCGGAGGCCGCGUGGGGCGCAGCAGCUCCCCCAUCCGGACGCUGGAGCUGCACGCCGGAACGCGCCGUCUCGCCGCCGGAGGUGCUAAACUUCACACUCGGCGGCUUCUCCAGCCGCGUCGGGAGGGCCUCGGCUCGGCUGCCGCUGCCGGUCAGGGAGCAGGGAGCGCGAAUUCGUGACGAGUGCUUAGCUCCUCGGCCAUUCCAUUCACCUCCCUUUCGUGCGGCCCCGCUGUGCCCUGCUCAGCUUCAACCUUUUCUUGACCCUUCCUACUCCCUCUUUCGAAGCCCUUCCCGGGACCCCACGAAGUCCUCUCGGGCCCCCAAGCCGACCUGGAUAUUCUCUUCGCCCCCUCUUUGUCUUCCCUGCCUCCCGCCGUGUUGGCCGCGGGCUGGGGGCGGGGGGUUGCUGCUGGAAACUGGACAUCCCGCCCUCGCCCCAACAAGGAGAGGGCUGAGGGUAAACUAGGAGCCUCCCAGGUUCCGGGGUGGGAUUGGAGAACCCUCUGGUAAGGUUCUUGAGCCCUAGGGCCCCAAGCUGGCUGCUCCUCUAUCCCCUUUCUCCUCUCCGUGCUCUCCCUGGCGGUCCUCUGCACCCAGUCGUCUCUCUCCUCCCUAUCCUUUCUCUUCCCAUUCCUCGCCUUCCUAAAUGCCCUAAGCCUCGCGGGGCGGGGCGGGGCGGGGCGGGGCGGCGGGACACAGAGAGUGGGAGCGCGAGAUGCCCCUGCUCCGAUUCCGCCCCCUGCCGGCGACCCCCAGGGAGUCUGCACAUGAUGCAAUUCGGUGCAAAUGGAAACUGCAGUGGAUGCUUCCGUGGCCCCCGGCAGGGGUCCCUGGGCAGUGCACGCUGAGAAUGAGAGGCGAGGGAGCCGGCCGAGGCGGUAGGCCGCAGGCGAGGGGUCGCAGCCAGACCCUCGCGGCCCCGUCAAGCUCUCCACCCCGCCUCGGCCCGCCGCCGACACACCUCUCCGGCCCGGUCCCGUUCCCUCCCUCCAGUGUCCCUCUCCCAGGCUCGCAGAUCCCUCCCCCUGCACCUCCCCGGCGCCCUCCUCCUCCCGGCCCCCUCCCGCGCCCUUCCUCCUCCCCCCGCCAUCACCACCCCCCCGCCGCCCAGGCCCGGGGCCUCCGGUAGGCCCGGCUGCGCCAAUCCCGGCCGCGGCCCGCCCCCUGACGCCGAGCAGGGCCCGGCGAGGCCCCGCCCGCUGACGUCCGGAUUUGCAUGAGUUCUUGUGCAGCCGCGGCCCGGGCUCAGUUGUCUCAGCGAGCGCGAGCCGGGAGCCGGGGCGGGCGCGGGCAGCGGCGGGCGGCCGGGCUGUGCUGGGCGAGCGGCGGCGGCGGCGGCGCGGGCGGCGGGGGCGCCUCGGCCGGGGCGGCAGCGGGGCGCCGGCGGGAGCCAGCAGCGUCUGCAGCCGCGCCGGCCGCCCGCGCCCCGGCGCGCUCCGGCUCGGCCAUGGAGCUGCCAGCUGUUGGCGAGCACGUCUUCGCGGUGGAGAGCAUCGAGAAGAAGCGGAUCCGCAAGGGCAGAGUGGAGUAUUUGGUGAAAUGGAGAGGCUGGUCCCCCAAAUAUAACACGUGGGAACCCGAGGAGAACAUCCUGGAUCCCCGGCUGCUGAUCGCCUUCCAGAACAGGGAACGGCAGGAGCAGCUGAUGGGAUAUCGGAAGAGAGGGCCGAAGCCCAAACCACUGGUGGUGCAGGUACCUACCUUUGCCCGUCGUUCCAACGUGCUGACCGGACUCCAGGACUCCUCGGCUGACAACCGCGCCAAGCUGGAGCUGGGUGGUCAGGGCAAGGGCCAGGGGCACCAGUACGAGCUCAACAGCAAGAAGCACCACCAGUACCAGCCGCACAGCAAGGAGCGGGCAGGCAAGCCCCCACCGCCAGGCAAGAGCGGCAAAUACUACUACCAGCUCAACAGCAAGAAGCACCACCCCUACCAGCCGGACCCCAAAAUGUAUGACCUGCAGUACCAGGGCAGCCACAAGGAGGCGCCCAGCCCCACCUGCCCGGACCUAGGCGCCAAGAGCCACCCGCCCGAUAAGUGGGCCCACGGCGGGGGUGCCAAGGGCUACCUGGGAGCGGUGAAGCCCCUGGCCGGUGCGGUCGGGGCUCCAGGCAAGGGCUCCGAGAAGGGUCCCCCCAACGGGAUGACGCCGGCCCCCAAGGAAGCGGUGACGGGCAACGGGAUUGGGGGCAAGAUGAAGAUAGUCAAAAACAAGAACAAGAACGGACGCAUCGUGAUCGUGAUGAGCAAGUACAUGGAGAAUGGCAUGCAGGCAGUGAAGAUCAAGUCCGGGGAGGCAGCCGAGGGCGAGGCGCGCUCCCCCAGCCACAAGAAGCGGGCUGCCGAGGAGCGUCACCCCCCUGCAGACAGGACUUUCAAAAAGGCCGCGGGGGCGGAGGAGAAGAAGGUGGAAACGCCCUCCAAGAGGAGGGAGGAGGAAGGGCCGGGGGCCGGGGACCCGCAGCCCCAGGAGGCCGGCUCCCGCAAGCUCUCCCCGACCAAGGAGGCCUUCGGCGAGCAGCCGUUGCAGCUCACCACCAAGCCUGACCUGCUGGCCUGGGACCCGCCCCGCGGCACACAGCUGCCCUCCCACCAUCACCACCACCACCACCACCAUCACCAUCACCACGCCGUCGACCUAAAUCUCUCCCACGCGCGCAAGCGCUGCCUCUCCGAGACCCACGGCGAGCGAGAGCCCUGCAAGAAGCGCCUGACAGCGCGCAGCAUUAGCACCCCCACCUGCCUGGGGGGCAGCCCCACCGCCGAGCGCCCAGCGGACGUGCCCCCCGCUGCCGCCCUCCCGCAACCGGAGGUCAUCCUGCUGGACUCGGACCUGGACGAGCCCAUAGACUUGCGCUGCGUCAAGACGCGCGGCGAGGCCGGGGAGCCGCCCAGCGCCCUCCAGGUGAAGCCUGAGGCGCCCGCAACCGCGGCGGUGGCAGCUGCGCCGGCAACGGCGGCCGAGAAGCCUCCGACCGAGGCCCAGGACGAGCCCGAGGAGCCACUCAGCGAGUUCAAACCCUUCUUUGGGAAUAUAAUUAUCACCGACGUCACCGCAAACUGCCUCACCGUCACGUUCAAGGAGUACGUGACGGUGUAGCCUUCCGAAGGGCGUCGGAAGGGGAAGCGCUGUACCCGCAGGGGCUUAACACCUGGGGCCUGGGGGCGGACUCCUCCUCUCUCCAACUGCGGGAGAUCCGGGCCGGGCCCCAGCGCGAAAAUGCCAGAAGCCGCGGCAACCGCGCCCCUCCACCGGGUUCUGUCCGGAGCGCCCGGCCCACACUGGCGCCUUCCACGCCGUGCCUGCGGGUCUCGCCCCUCAUCUGCCCCAUCCCCUCUCUCGUGGACCUCCGGGACUGACAGGGCAGCCACUCGAGGCGGUCUAAGAGUUAUAGUAUUAUAUUUUAACCGUGCUAACUUGUCAAGUGCAGACUUUACUCCCGUUUGUACGUGGUGUUAUUAUUGAAAUGUAUUGUUUGAGCUCAAAAGGCCCACCACCCCCUUCGGGCUGAUAUAUAUAUAUUUAUUUGUAGGUAUUUAUAUAUUGAAAUAUAAAAACCUAGAUUUAUGGAGUUCUCUCUAGAUCAUGUUAUAUUCUAUAUCAGACAAAUUAUUUUCUGUUGACCUUUCUACCCGUUCAUUCAGUAUUUCGGUUGAUUUCAUUUCCUCCCCUUCCAGGAACUGCAAUACCAGUAACCUUGGUAUAUAUUUUUUGAUACUGUACACAUGGAUGUGUUGUUUCUAUGUGCAAAAAAAAAUUUUUUUGUUAAAAGGCUAAACGAGCUCUCUAGAAACUGCUGCUACUAGAAAUGUCUAAACUAUAAGCUUCCAAUUAUUACCUGCUUGAAUGUAAAUAUUAAAUGGAGAUGUUGAAGGUG